AUGUCGCGCUCUUUCUAUGUCGACUCUUUAAUCAUUAAGGAUCCGGUGAGACCACAGCAUCCCGCGCAGGACUUCCUCAUCCCCAUCAGCGCGGUGCACUCUCCAGGCGUCAUGACGGUCACAUCCCCAAUGUGUCCCUCCAGGAAGAACGGCACCUUCUGCGUGUGUCCACUGUGCGUCACGUCGCACCUCCACUCCUCCCGCGGCGGGAUUCCUGUGCUCAAGAGCCAGUUCCCUGGAACCGAGGCGCAGUACUGCCACAGGGUACCGCACCAGCACCAGAGUCCAGCUCUCGCACACCCUGCGCAUACGCCUGUCUGCGCACCCACGUUCAGUGUCACAGACCCGAGGAGGUACCACUGCCUGUCCAUCGGCGCCUCAGACAGCACACAGAUCCAGAAUGGAAAGAGGAUGCGCACAGCCUUCACAAGCACACAGCUCUUAGAACUGGAGAGGGAAUUCUCCUCAAACAUGUAUCUGUCCAGACUCCGGCGGAUCGAGAUCGCCACGUACUUGAACCUGUCCGAGAAACAGGUGAAGAUCUGGUUUCAGAACCGCAGAGUCAAGCACAAGAAGGAGGGCAAGUCCACCCAAAGGAGCAGCAGCGCGCACAGCGGCUGCAAGUGCGCCACGGGACACCUAACACCGGACUAUUCCAGGUCAGAGGACGAAGAGUCCAUGUCCCCGGUGUCUGUGUCUGAAGAAAAGGAGGUGUCCCCUAUCUAA